GAAUCAUUUGAUAUCAUCUCAGAGGAGGAGGUGAAUGAAUUUAGGGCAGCAUUAGAAGAAGGUGACCUAUGUGCAGCAAGUGAAAAAAUCAGUCAGUCUCUAAAAGAUAUUGAAAAUGCUCCAUUAAACAUUGCAGUAACAGGAGAGGCAGGAUCGGGAAAGUCUACUUUUGUCAACGCCAUCCGAGGCCUGGAUAAUGAUGAAGAAGAAGGCGCUGCUAAAACAGGAGUCACGGAAACCACUAAGGAACCAAAAGCCUAUCCACAUCUACAGUUCCAAAACGUGACAUUUUGGGAUUUACCCGGAAUUGGAACCCCAAAUUUUAGCCCAAACAAUUACCUCAAAGCUGUUGAGUUCCAUCGAUAUGACUUUUUUAUAAUCAUGUCAAGUGAACGUUUCAGACACAAUGAUAUGGAGCUGGCUAAAGAGAUCAAGUCCAUGGGAAAGAAAUUUUACUUUGUGCGAUCGAAAGUAGAUUCAGACAUGUAUGCUUCUCAAAUGCGUCGGAAAAAGUCAUAUAACGAAGAGAAUAUAUUGAAUGAGAUUCGGGAUGACUGUGUUAAAUGCCUAUAUGAUGGUGGGAUCCAAGAUCCAAAGGUAUUUCUUCUCUCCUCUCUAGACUUUAACAAAUAUGACUUCAUCAAAAUGCAAGAGACUCUAGAAGAGGAACUUCCGAGUCAAAAGCGGCACGUUUUCAUGUUAUGUUUGCCCAAUAUUUCUCGCCCAAUUCUAGAAAAGAAAAGAGAAGCUCUAAAGAAGCAGAUUUGGAAGUGGGCAAGUCUCUCCUGUGCUGUGGCAACAGUCCCUAUUCCAGGACUGUCAGUGGCUUGUGAUGUUGGCAUCUUGGUGAGAGAAAUGAAAAGAUAUCGGGAUGCAUUUGGCCUGGAUCAAAGAUCUCUUGAAAAGCUCGCUAACAGAUUUGAUAAAGAUGUUGAUGAGUUGAAGUCUGUGAUCAAGUCACCUAUAGUGAUAAAAGAGAUAAACAAAGAACUUGUCACCACCUUAUUAACCAGAGGAGCAGCUGGGUCACUCAUGUUCAUUGAAUACUUAGCUAGUAAUAUACCUGUUAUUGGCACAGCAGCAGCAGGCGGCAUCUCAUUUGGUACAACAUAUUUAAUGCUUUAUUGCUUCUUGAAAGAUAUUGCUGAGGAUGCAGUAAGAGUUCUUGAAAAAGCUUUAGAGUCAUCUGUUUAG